AUGAAGUUUCUUCAUGUUUCAUGUUUUGUUGUUAUAUGCUUGUUGUCUAUGUGGAAAGGAAAUUGUGAACCUGUUGAAGAUAAAGAGGUUUUGCUUGAUUUUGUGAACAAGUUUCCACCUUCAAGGACACUGAAUUGGAAUGAGAGUUUCUCUGUUUGUGAUAAUUGGACUGGUGUAACUUGCAAUGAGGAUAGGUCUAGAGUUAUAGCGAUUCGGUUACCCGGUGUUGGGUUUCAUGGAAAUGUUCCACCUCAUACUAUUAGCAAUCUUUCAGAGCUUCAGAUUUUGAGUCUUAGAUCCAAUUUCAUUACUGGGUUUUUUCCUUCUGAUUUUUCUAAUUUGAAAAAUUUGUCCUUUCUUUAUAUGCAGUUUAACAAUUUGUCUGGGUCUUUGCCUGAUUUUUCAGCUUGGAAGAAUCUUACUGUUGUUAAUUUGUCUAGUAAUAGGUUCAAUGGGAGUAUUCCUGUUUCGCUUUCGAAUUUGACUCAGCUUUCGGGUUUGAACCUUGCGAGUAAUGAUCUUUCUGGUGAUAUUCCUGAUCUGAAUUUGUCGAGGUUUCCUGAUUCAGCGUUUGUUGGGAAUAAUGUAACUCUUGGAAAUUAUACUGUUGUUCCGCCCGUGCCUUCAACGGUUUAUGAUGCGUCUUCGACCUCGGGGAAACGUGGGAGGCUAAGUGAAGCGGCGGUGCUUGGAAUUGUUGUUGUUGGGAGUUUUCUUGGGCUUGUAGCUUUUGGUUUUUUGAUGUUUGUGUGCUGUUGUGCUAGAAAAAAGGAUGAAGAUGAUUUUGAUGAUGAUGCAUUUGUUGGAAAGGCGAAUAAAAGAAAAAUGUCUCCGGAGAAAGCAGUUUCGAGGAACAUGGAUGCUAAUAAUAAACUGACUUUCUUCGAGGGAUGUAAUUAUGCGUUUGAUUUAGAAGACUUGUUAAGAGCUUCCGCCGAGGUUCUAGGAAAGGGAACGUUUGGUACUGCUUACAAGGCGAUUCUUGAGGAUGCGACUGCGGUUGUUGUGAAGAGAUUGAAGGAGGUAGCCUAUGGAAAGAAGGAUUUUGAGCAAUACAUGGAGAUUGUUGGAAGUCUUAAACAUGAGAAUGUGGUUGAGCUGAAAGCUUAUUAUUAUUCGAAAGACGAGAAACUGAUGGUAUAUGAUUACUACAGUCAGGGGAGUGUCUCUUCUUUGUUGCAUGGGAAAAGAGGAGAAGACAAGGUGCCUUUAGAUUGGAAUACUCGGUUAAGAAUCGCUUUAGGUGCAGCAAGAGGCAUUGCUCACAUCCAUGUUGAGAAUAGCGGAAAAGUGGUACACGGGAACAUCAAGUCUUCAAAUAUCUUUCUCAAUACUAAGCAAUACGGUUGUGUAUCUGAUCUUGGUCUGGCAUCCAUUUCAACCUCGCUCGCCCUACCCAUCUCACGAGCAGCUGGUUACCGCGCACCAGAAGUUACAGACACGAGGAAAGCAGCACAACCUUCAGAUGUUUACAGCUUCGGCGUCGUGUUACUAGAGCUUCUAACUGGGAAAUCACCUAUCCACACAGCUGGUGGUGAUGAGUUUGUGCACUUGGUGAGAUGGGUUCAUUCGGUUGUGCGAGAGGAGUGGACGGCUGAAGUAUUUGACUUAGAGUUGAUGAGAUAUCCAAAUAUAGAAGAAGAGAUGGUUGAGAUGUUGCAGAUAGCCAUGUCGUGUGUGGUAAGAAUGCCGGAUCAGAGACCUAAGAUGUCCGAAGUUGUGAAGAUGAUAGAAAAUGUGAGGCAGAUUGAUAAUGCACAGAUAUCAUCUGAGAACCAAGCAGAAGUUAGAUUAUCAUCUCAAAGCGAGACCGAUAACGACAACAUUAACUCCACUUCUUCUCCUUUACCGAAAGGAAGUGAAUGA